AUGCCUGCCUUCAGCCUGGGUCGAGCUGAAGUCAGUGAUGGCGCCUCAUCGGACUCGGAUCACAGACACAAACGGCGCAAGACCAACCCUAUGUACCAGCAUUUGCAAGAUGCUGCUCCAAAGUCCACCGGACCCGCUCAGAAGGCCCCGCCCAAUGCAUUUGCUGCCAAGAUGAUGGCGAAGAUGGGCUACAAAGAAGGACAAGGUCUUGGAGCUUCUGGGAUGGGAAGGCUUGCGCCAAUAGAGACACAGCUAAGACCACAGGGCGCCGGACUUGGAGCAGUCAAAGAGAAGACGAAGCAAGCAAAGCAAGAAGAGAAGAGAGAAGCUGCUUUUCGUGGGGAGCAGCUAAACGACUCGUCCGAGGAGGAGAAGAAGAGGAGAAAAGAGCGACUGAAUAAAAAGAAGUCUGGCGUAGCUGGAGGCUCAAGUACCCCAACCGCUCGACCGAAGCAGAAAUACCGGACAGCUGCGGAGAUUGAAGCGGCCGCAGAAGGGCUUGAAAUACCGAAUGUCCUCAAAUCAAUCAUCGAUGCUACCGGUCAAGAGACAAGGUUGCUCUCCUCGACUCUGGGGCUUAUGCGCGCACAGGAUUCCAUGGUCACCGCAGAGACAGAAAGCGCGAAGUUAUCACGAAUGGCACAACGAGAAUCUAUCGCCUACGCAGAAGAGUGGAGAGCUCUGCAAGAGCGAAAGAAUUUCUUCAAUGCCCAACAGCUGGAUUUGCUGAGCUCGGCAGAAAAAGGAUUUCGUGAAGGGCAGACAGUGGAUUAUCUAAUCUCAAAUAUUGAAGGACUGCAGAGGCUUGUUUUGAACGAAGAAGACAGUUGGGAGAUUGUGACAACAGAAAUUGAAUCCGUUUUGAAUUCUAAUAACAUGGAGGAUGACUCACUGGACUUGCAGGACGUUUGCGUUGCUAUUUUGCAUCCGCUCUUCAAGAGGUCUAUGCAAGACUGGGAUCCUUUCGCUGAUCCUAAGGGUUGCGCUCCCUAUUUACAAAGGCUGCAAGCAAUUCUACAGAUCCCAAAUCUGUCGACCAACAGAGAGGUCGCACGAUCGAUUGAUGCCAGCCAAACACGGAUUCAGAACAAAUCUACUUCUGCGUACGAGACAAUGAUCUACGCCUUGUGGUUGCCUAAUAUCCGAUCAGCAAUUACAAGAUGGGAAGUAUAUCACCCGGAGCAAUGUAUUGCAGUCAUUGACGCUUGGCAAGCCGUACUACCACCGUUCAUACUUGCAAAUGUCGUCGACCAACUGAUUCGACAGCGUCUGGUCACAGCUUUGUAUGCCUGGAAACCCAAGCGAGACAGGGAUGGUAACAGUCGCUCCUCUUCGCCCGAAAGGUGGCUAUUUCCGUGGUUCGCAUACCUUGACGAGCAGCAUACUGAUCUGAAAGGCUCUGGCGGAUUUAUGUCGGACGUCAAACAAAGGUUAAAAAGCGUGCUUUCAACGUGGAACCUUGGUCAUGGAGCAUUUCCGGGAUUGAAACAUUGGCAGUCAGUCUUCAAAUCUGACCUUUCGCAUAUGCUCGUUCGUUAUGUCCUUCCUCGGCUAGCUGAGUAUUUCACUUCCAAUUUCGAGGUUGACCCCGCAGACCAAGACAUGGCGCCUUUGGAGAAGGUGCUCCCAUGGGUGCCUUAUUUUUCUAUCGAUGCAAUGGCGCAACUCUUUGCUGAUAUCUUCUUUCAGAAAUGGCACAAUGUUCUAUAUCUGUGGCUAAUUGGGGACCCCAACCACACUGAAAUAAUGCAGUGGUACCAAUGGUGGAAGCAGCAGUUCGUGGAGAACCUACCUCUAGGAUUUAACGAAAAUCUACUCAUCGCAAGGUGCUGGGACAAGGGGCUUACAAUUAUCAAUGUAGCCUUGGACGCUAUGGAGCGAGGCGCUAACAUUGAAGAGGAACUGCAGCCGUACUUGAUGGAGCAGGAAAUUGAAUCAUCCGUCCCGGAACCAUCGCCUAACCCUCCAAUAUCGAAGUCAAUAGAAACGCCUACAACUUUCAAAGAUGUGUUGGAGGACUGGUGUGCUGAACAUGGCCUGCUCAUGUUUCCCAUGCGCGAGGCAGACAUUCGGACUGGAUUGCCUCUUUUCAGAAUUACGGCAAGUGCAGGCGGCAAAGGAGGUGUUGUCCUGUUUUUGAAAGGCGAUGUCGCAUGGAUACGGUUGCAGAACAAGUCAUUUGAACCUGCGGCGCUCGAUCAAAGAUUGGUUGAAAAAGCUGAAGGGAGGUGA